AUGCCACACCAGUCCUGCCACUCUGCCCCUCUCACACCACACUCCCUCUACAGGACAUCACACCACACCAGUCCUGCCAUUCUGCUCCUCUCACACCACAGUCCCUCUACAGGACAUCACACCACACCAGUCCUGCCACUCUGCUCCUCACACACCACACUCCCUCUACAGGACAUCACACCACACCAGUCCUGCCGCUCUGCUGCUCUCACACCACACUCCCUCUACAGGACAUCACGCCACACCAGUCCUGCCACUCUGCCCCUCUCACACCACACUCCCUCUACAGGACAUCAGACCACACCAGUCCUGCCUCUCUGCCCCUCUCACACCACUCUCCCUCUACAGGACAUCAGACCACACCAGUCCUGCCACUCUGCCCCUCUCACAACACUCUCCCUCCACAGGACAUCAGACCACACCAGUCCUGCCGCUCUGCCCCUCUCACAACACACUCCCUCUACAGGACAUCAGACCACACCAGUCCUGCCACUCUGCUCCUCUCACACCACACUCCCUCUACAGGACAUCAGACCACACCAGUCCUGCCGCUCUGCCCCUCUCACAACACACUCCCUCUACAGGACAUCAGACCACACCAGUCCUGCCACUCUGCCCCUCUCACACCACACUCCCUCUACAGGACAUCAGACCACACCAGUCCUGCCGCUCUGCCCCUCUCACAACACACUCCCUCUACAGGACAUCAGACCACACCAGUCCUGCCGCUCUGCCCCUCUCACAACACACUCCCUCUACAGGACACACAUGCCACACCAGUCCUGCCACUCUGCCCCUCUCACAACACACUCGACCGCCUCCGUGGACACACAUGCCACACCAGUCCUGCCACUCUGCUGCUCUCACGAUGCUCUCCCUCUACAGGACAUCAGACCACACCAGUCCUGCCACUCUGCUCCUCUCAUAACACACUCCCUCUACAGGACACACAUGCCACACCAGUCCUGCCACUCUGCUGCUCUCACGAUGCUCUCCCUCUACAGGACAUCAGACCAUACCAGUCCUGCCACACUGCUCCUCUCACGACACUCUCCCUCUACAGGACAUCACACCACACCAGUCCUGCCACUCUGCUCCUCUCAUAACACACUCCCUCUACAGGACACACAUGCCACACCAGUCCUGCCACUCUGCUCCUCUCACGACACACUCCCUCUACAGGACAUCACACCACACCAGUCCUGCCACUCUGCUGCUCUCACGACGCUCUCCCUCUACAGGACAUUAGACCACACCAGUCCUGCCACUCUGCUCCUCUCAUAA